AAGCAGCGUGUGUUCCACAACAAUAAUGAACUUCGACUCGCACCCGACCGCUGGAUCUGAGCACAAUGACGUCGUGUGGUGAUGAUAUCCCGGCAGAACCUAAUCAGACGGUCUGAAAUCGAUUGAGCAUCGUAUUAUCGUGCUCCAGAGCUACGCCAUCGCAAAACCGGGGGUGCCGUGGAAGGAGCAUAAACGGGGGGGCACGGUGGUGCUAGCCUUUGGCUUUUGCCCUUUGGCCUCUGUUCCUUUUGUGCGUCCUCUGAUUUCUGUUCUUUGUUUUUGAUCAUCUUCUUCCUUUCGAUUGUCUUCUUCUUCUCUGUUCGCUGAUUCUGAUCGAGUCGUAAUCUUCAGUUCGUCCGAUCGUUCGAUCGAGCGGUCAUUUGUCAAAAAAGGAGAAAGCAAGGGGGAGCUUCUAGGCUCGGAGCUCUUGAGCAGAUUCAAAAGAAAAGAGAGCGAGGGGGAGGGAGAGAGAUGGGUUCAGAGCAGAGCUGGAACAAGACCGACGACGUCACGGGCUUCCAACCUUCGGAGCGGGCCCUCUGCGCCAACGGGUGUGGCUUUUUCGGAUCCGCAGCCACCAUGAAUCUCUGCUCGAAGUGCUACAGAGACCUUCGCAUCAAAGAAGAGCAGGCGGCCUCCGCUAAGGCCGCCGUGGAGAAGUCUCUGAACCCUGCGUCGUGCUCGCCGCCGCUUCCUAAGCAGAAGGACCAUCCGAAUUUCUCCGGCAAGUCGCUCGUUCUUCCGUCUUCUUCGGCUGCUCAGACAUCGGUCGGCGCGUGCGACGGCGCGAUGGCCUCUUCCUCCGGGGACCAACCGCAGACGACAGCGACGGCGAACAGGUGCGGGACCUGCAGAAAGCGCGUGGGAUUGACGGGGUUCAAGUGCAGAUGUGGGAUCACGUUCUGCGGGGCCCACCGGUACCCGGAGGACCACGUGUGCUCGUUCGACUUCAAGGGAGCGGGGAAGGACGCCAUCGCGAAGGCUAAUCCGGUGGUGAAAGCUUCGAAGCUGGAUAGGAUCUGAAUUUUCAUGUUCGGAGAAGUGGGUAUUUGGUAAUCUUCAUCGUGUCCUUCACUCUUUUUUAUUUUUUUUAAUAUUUUUGGGGUGGUUGGGUAGGGUUGAUGUCGAGGGAAAAGCAGUUUGAUUUUGGUGUUAAAGAAGAAAAAAAAAAUUUGGGAGGAGUGUGUGUUAUUGUGGUGGGUAGGAAAGAACUGAUGGUGGAUUGGAUUCCAUAAUAAAGUGGAUCAUUGAAUUGAAA